UUUACUUGGCUGCAAUUUACAUUGAACAAGGAAAUCACGUGCUUCAUCCACCUGCCACCUCUUCAGGAUUAUCAUUCCCUUGCUGCUCAUUUUUCUUUUUCUUUUUCAUAAUUUAUUUAUUUUAAAAUAUAUACAGCACAAUGUCAGGUGGUGAAGAAGGUGCAUUCAAGGCAGUGGAGCUGGGUGAGCAGCUGCAAAGCACCCCACAGGCCACUCCACCAGAUCCUGCCACCCAGCCUGCAGGGAUGACGGAGAGUGGGUCACCCUCCAUGCCAAGCUCAGGGGCCGCAGGCGGGCGAUGGGUAUCUGCAGUUGAUCAGUUCAAACUCAGGAAGUUCUUUGUACUCCGGCCAGGUACUCUGGAGCAUGCUUUGGAAGACAUCAAAGUCCUGGUGAAGCAGGAAGAGGACGGCAAUGUUCAGAGCGCUUGGCUCAUGGCUGAGUUGGACCACUGGAACAACGAGCUCGAGCGGGUGGUGCUCAUCACAGACAACACCCUUCUCAUCUGCAAGUACGACUUCAUGAUGCUCAACUGUGAGCAGAUCCAGAGAAUCCCGCUCAACUACGUGGACCGCAUUGUCCACGGCAACUUUGGCUUCCCUCCGCGCUCCCUGCUUAAGAGGGAGGGAGAGGGACUGCGUGUGUACUGGGACAGGACAAGAGAGCCCACCUUCUCCUCCCGCUGGAACCCCUUCGCCAAAGACUACCCCUUCUGCACUUUCACCUACCACCCUGUGAGGUCAGCCGAUGCCAAGUUUGCAGCAUUGUGUGAGAUACACAACUUUCGGGAGCAGCUGAACCAGGCAGCCCAGAGGGCACAUGCAAAGAGUCCAGUCCCAGGGAAGGCCAAUGGGGUCCUUGUUUUGAACCAGCCUAUCAUCAUUGAUGCCUACGUGGGCCUAAUGUCCUUCAUUGGAAACCAGAACAAGUUGGGCUACUGUCUGGCUCGGGGCAAUAUUGGGUUCUAAAGCAUAAGUUAUACUACCUUUAGUGUGCACCAUAACAGCCAUGUUUGUGUCAUCAUCUCAUGCCACAUGCAGAUGUAUCCGCAGGUGGUGGUACACAAAGUGCCAGUGAACCAAGUGGAAAAUGAUGUUCAUCAUGACCUCCUUGCUGCAGUAGGUAGCUGCUACUAGCUAAUAGUUAUGGCAACUGACUACUUUCCAGGUAUAUUCAGUCUAGACAUGAUUUGGUCUAUUGCCUCAGUCUUUGGAUUAAAUUAUUCAGUAACAUUAACCCUUUCUCGUGUACAGCCACACCGGUGAGAUUAAAAUAAUUGAUUGGAAAAUUUCCAGCUAAUGUUCGCUUUUGGAGGAAACAGCAAUUUAACGUUAAAAAGUAUAGCAAAUGCAGGCUCCCAAGUGGCUCAGUCGG